UCUCUAUUUAGUUUGUGGACUUGUUUGUCAAAAUGGUCAAAAUGACAUUAUUGUCAACCAAAUUCCGAUUAUUUCCGAUUACGACAAAGAUCUGAUAACAAAACUUGAAUAAAUAACAAAACUAUAAAAACUAAUCCUAAGAUUAUUGUCACCAAAUGUCACUAUAUAGAAGUUUGUACAAGGCAGGCUGCUUGAUAGCGAUACACUUUCACCCUUCGGGGUCGGUUUCGCAAGCGCGAGCCGCUUCAAUCAAUGUUACUCCACUCGCCGGUUUCGCCACAGUGUCUACAGCCUCGCCCAGUAAGAGGAAAAUGGCAGAUAAACUGACUAAAGAAGAGAGAGAUACCCUCCUUCAACCUUUGAUUCAAUCAGGCUGGAAACUACAGGAUAAUAGAGAUGCUAUUGAAAAAGAAUUCAAAUUCAAGGACUUCAAUCAAGCUUUUGCAUUUAUGACUAGAGUGGCAUUGCUGGCAGAGAAAAUGGAUCAUCAUCCAGAGUGGUUUAAUGUUUACAAUAAGCUACAGGUAACACUUUCUUCUCAUGAUGUAAAUGGAUUGAGUAAGCGUGAUAUCAGAAUGGCCAAAUUUAUGGAUACUACAUCACAGUAAACCAUGAUUAAGAAUAUACGCUAAGAACCAUGUGAUGGCAAUACUGUUUUUGAUUGAAUAUGUAAAUAGUAUAUUUUAUUUUUAAGUAUAGUAUGUAUUUCUAUAAAUUUGUUUUUAUUUGCUAAGCAUAUUGUCCAAAAGGUACUACAAUAAAAGUAUACAUUUCAA